AUGGCGUCAGGUACAUACAUUCUGACAACUGCCCUGCUGCCCCUCCUGGAAAAAGAAGCUGAUGCCAGAGUGAUAACUGUCUCUUCUGGGGGCAUGCUAGUUCAAAAAUUAAACAUAUCUGACUUGCAGUCGGGAAGUGGGACAUUUGAUGGAACUAUGGUGUAUGCUCAAAACAAGAGACAGCAAGUUGUCUUGACAGAACAAUGGGCAAAAGCUCACAGAAACAUCCAUUUCUCUGUUAUGCACCCCGGCUGGGCAGACACUCCAGCUGUGAGAUCGUCGAUGCCGGAUUUCUAUCAGAAGAUGAAGAAUACGCUGCGCACAGAGGCCCAGGGAGCUGAUACUGUUGUAUGGUUGGCAGUUUCAUCUGAAGCAACAAGGUUACCGAGUGGCUUGUUCUUCCAAGACAGGCAGCCGGUCCCUACACACUUACCUCUGGCAAGAACCCAAAGUCCACCGGAGGACGAGAAGAAGCUAAUGGAAGUGCUGGAGGAGUUCUCCCAGAAGUUUAAAUCCAGUUCUCCGAGAACUUAG